AUGUAUGGGGGGAUAGCAUUAGCAUUUGAUUUGAAUGAAAAUUAUUUUGAUAAAUUAAUUAAUGAUACAACAGAGGGCAAUGUUGAUACUUUAUCAGCAUUACGGUUGAAUUUUUAUCCAAAACGCGAUAAUUCAAUGCCAAUAUUAAUUGGUGAAGAUGCACAAUCACUUCGAUGUGAAACACGCUGUGAUAAUGUUAUUCUGACGAUUCUAUAUCAACAUCAGAUAAGUGAUUUACAAGUUCAGCUAGAUAAUCCAAAGCAAUGGAUAAAUGUUGACGUUGUUCCGUAUGCAUUUGUUGUUAAUACCGAGAGAUGUCUCGAACGUUUGACGAAUGGUCUAUGA